AUAUAAUAACGUGGCGCCCUAAUCUCAAAAAUAAUGUCAGACCUACACAUAAUGUUACAAAUUUAUUAAAAAGUAUUAUAGUCAGAAUGACCCGUUUUCAAUUUAAUACUCAAAAAGGAAAAUAACUGCAAUGACUUAACAUGGCCGUUGAAUAUAAUUGUCUUAAAGGAAUCAGUACGGGAAAUGUCCAAGAAAGCAGGGCAUACCCUUGCAGCAGCAGACACUGAUGAAUGUAAAUCUAAACGGAUGAAGAUUGGUAAAGAAUGUUGGGAGACGCCCCUUAGUUUCAGCAGUCCAGUCAGCCUUUUUGAAAGUUUGAUCUCACCUUUAAGAGAAGAAGAGUUCUUCAGGGAUUACUGGGAACAGAAACCUUUGCUUAUCCAAAGGAAAAAUCCUCAGCUAGCAUCUUAUUAUCAAUCUCUCUUUCAGUUUCACGACCUUGAGGAUCUAUGUUCUCAUGAUGUUUAUUAUGGAAGAGAUAUGAAUCUUUGUCGCUGUGUGAAUGGCAAGAAGAAGGUUUUAAAUAAGGAUGGUAAAAUUAAUUUUGCUCAGGUGAAGAAGGACUUUGAUCAGAAAAAAGCCACUAUACAGUUCCAUCAGCCUCAGAGAUUUAAGGAUGAGUUGUGGAAAAUUCUGGAAAAGCUAGAAUGUUUCUUUGGUUCCCUUGUUGGUUCCAAUAUUUACAUCACACCACCAGAAUCUCAAGGUUUGCCUCCACAUUAUGAUGAUGUUGAGAUCUUUAUUCUUCAGCUGGAAGGGAGGAAGCACUGGCGAUUGUACAGGCCUACUGUACACUUAGCACGAGAGUAUUGCCUUGAAUCAGAAGACAGAAUUGGAAAUCCAACACAUGACUUCAUACUAGAGCCAGGUGACUUUUUGUACUUUCCAAGGGGGACCAUACACCAGGCAGAUACUCCAGCUGGAGAAUUAGUAUCCACCCAUGUAACCAUCAGCACCUACCAGAACACUUCUUGGGGAGAUUUUCUGUUGGAUGUGCUUCCUGGAUUUGUGUUUGAUUCCAUGAAAGACGAUAUUGAGCUACGACGUGGUUUGCCAAGGCAGAUACUAAUGCAGGUGGAGGGCUCCAGUCACGCCAGAAAAUUAAGUAACAUCCUCAGAGGAUUAGCAGACAAGUUAGAAAAUGCCAAAGAACUAAGAUCAUUUGACAUGAAGAAAGAUUUUAUUAUGAACCGCUUGCCUCCUUAUGUGGAGAACACUGAACAGUUGUCACCUACUGGAAAACUUCCCACACUGGAAAGUCAAGUAAAGCUGCGCUUCAAAGAUCACAUUAUGAUUUUAAUUGAGCCAGACCAAGAAAAAACUGAUGAGAUUCAGUCUAUGAUGGCUUAUGUGUUCCAUUCACUCAAAAACACUAGACACAAUCACAUGAUGGGAGAUGAAGAAGAAGAUGAUGAUGAUGACGAUGAAGUUCAUGAGGAAAGAGACUCAAGGGGUUGUGGACUGCGCUUCCCUUUGUCUCACAUGGAUGCACUGAAGCAGCUUUGGAGUAAUCAAAGUGUUCUCGUCAGAGACCUGAAACUCAGCUUAGAUAAAGAAAAAGAAAACUUUGUGCUCUCACUGUGGGGGGAGAGUUUACUUGAAGUUGUAUAAUGGAAUCAAGGAAUUCAGAUUGUGCAAAAUGUCUGUAAUCCUGACUUAUGAACUUUGGCAAACUGCAGGAACAAUCAUGUCCACCAUAUUCCUUCACAAAGCCUGGUCUGUAGCUAGUGAAAUUGUUCUUCAUUUGGUCAGUAUCACUUAUAAAAUCCCAUGGAUAACAUCAUUGUAUUAGUUGUGCUUCCUGAUAUGGGGAAAUAAACCUGUCUGGAUUAUUUCUUA